CUCCUGCUGCUGCUUCUGCCUCCUCAUCUCUUUCACUUCAAAGACGAACGCGCACCGUUUGUGUUUAAAUAAACGUUUUGCUACGUUUGAGUCGGUGCACGAAGACAACCGAGAUUAUUACAGCUGACUUCAUAUUACAUCCUUCACACAACUCCGUUGAAACAACAUCAACAGUCAAAGAUGGCUGAUUACGAAACCAUCGUUUUCUUUGACCUGGAGACCACUGGAUUAGACACUGCAUCGUGUCACAUCACCCAGCUGUCGGCUGUCUGUGAAGAGAAAGAAUUUAACGUCUACACCCUCCCCCGCCGGCCCAUCACUCCAGGCGCCAGUCAACUGACGGGCUUCACCGUCUAUUGUGGCCAGCUGUAUCUGUGCGGAAGACCUGUUGUGACCAUCCCUAUUUUUGAUGCUCUCACCUCCUUCAUCAACUAUCUAAGCAACUUCCCCGGCCCCGUGUUGCUGGCUGCCCACAAUGCAAAGGGGUUUGAUGCACUCGUGCUCAGCAGAUUGCUGCGAAGAUUCUCCCUCUGGCCGUGGUUCCAGCAGGUGGUGUCUGGGUUUGUGGAUACCUUAAUGCUAAGCAGGAAGCUCUUUCCUCUGGGCAACAACUAUUCUCUGGAGUCUCUGGUCGUCCAAUUCCUGAAAGAAUCCUACAAUGGCCAUGAUGCAUUGGAGGACGCCAAGAUGCUGCAGGAGCUGUUCAACUCAUGGUAUCACAACAGUUGGGACGUUGCAGACGUUACCUUCCCCACUGAAGCAUUUUAAAAAAGCUACAGAAAACAACUGCAAUCAGGCCACAACAACUAAAUCAUGUAAUUCCGGUUGGUUGGUUGGUUGGUUGGACAGACUGAUAUUUUGAACAUUAAGAAGAAAAUGACAGGUAGAUUAAAUUUCUUGUUUGAAAGUAGUAGUAGUUUGAAUGUCUUUUCCAGUUCCAACACAUAGAGUAUCUUCACACAUUUAUGAUCCUUUUCAGUAUAAGAUGCACAGUUAAAGGUACCCUGUUAUGUUACAUAUACUGUUUCUCAACCAAACACAUUGUAUCCUUGAGGCCUAAUAAAAUAUGCACGUUAUUUUCCUCCCUCAA